GAAGAAGAAGAAGAAUAAUAAUGAGCAAGAGCAGUAGAGGAGCGGAAUGGAGGAGGACAAGCAGAACCCGGAGCACCGGAGCAACAAGGUCCCCAGAAGACAAGCAGCAGGCUCGUCCUCUGAUAGCAGCAAUGUUGAGGAACAGAGAGGAAGAGAGGAACUUAUACGUCACCACCGUGACAAAUCCUUCACAACAUCUGGAUCUUUAAAAAUUCAUCAAAGAGUUCAAACUGGAGAGAAACCAUACAGCUGUGACCACUGUGAGAAAACAUUUUUGCGCUGCAGUGCCCUCAAAGCCCAUCAACGCAUUCACAUUGAAGGGGAACUGUCCAGUUUUUUCCAAAGUGGGAAGGAUUUCACAGAGUCAGGGACCUCAAAAAAACAAGACAUUGACACAGCAGAGAAACUGUUUAGCUGUGAUCAAUGUGAGAAAGCUUUCACCACUCUACGUAGCUUAAAAAGUCACCACCGUGUUCACACUGCAGAGAAGUUGCACUGCAGUAACCAAUGUGGGAAAACUUUUUCGCAACGCAUGUCCCUUGAAACUCACCAAAGAAUUCACACGGGAGAGAAACCGUACAGCUGUGAUCAAUGUGGCAAAGCUUUCGCACGAUCAGAAUACUUGAAAGCCCAUCAACACAAUCACACGGAGAUAANAACUCACCAAAGAAUUCACACGGGAGAGAAACCGUACAGCUGUGAUCAAUGUGGCAAAGCUUUCGCACGAUCAGAAUACUUGAAAGCCCAUCAACACAAUCACACAGGAGAUAAACUGUACAGCUGUGAUCAAUGUGGCAAAGCUUUCAAAUGGUUAAGUAACUUUCAAGCCCAUCAACGCUGUCACACAGGAGAGAAACUGUACAGCUGUGAUCAAUGUGGCAAAGCUUUCAAAUGGUUAAGUAACUUGAAAAUCCAUCAACGCAGUCACACAGAAGAGCAACCGUACAGCUGUGAUCAAUGUGGCAAAGCUUUCAAAUGGUUAAGUAACUUUAAAGCCCAUCAACGCAGUCACACUGGAGAGAAACCAUACAGCUGUGAUCAAUGUGGCAAAGCUUUCACAUGGUCAAGUAACUUGAGAGCCCAUCAACGCAGUCACACAGGAGAGAAACCGUACAGCUGUGAUCAAUGUGGCAAAGCUUUUGCACGAUCAGAAUGCUUGAAAGACCAUCAACGCAGUCACACAGGAGAGAAACUGUACAGCUGUGAUCAAUGUGACAAAGUUUUCGCACGAUCAGAAUGCUUGAAAGAUCAUCAACGUAUUCACACAGGAGAGAAACUGUACAGCUGUGAUCAAUGUGACAAAGCUUUCGUACGAUCAGAAUGCUUGAAAGACCAUCAACGCAGUCACACAGGAGAGAAACCAUACAGCUGUGAUCAGUGUGGCAAAGCUUUCACACAGUUAAGUAACUUGAAAUCUCAUCAACGCAGUCACACAGGAGAGAAGCCAUAUGGGUGCGACCAUUGUGGGAAAAAGUUUUCCCAAAUCGGAACCUUAAUAUCUCAUAAACAUAUUCACACUGGUGAGAAACCAUACAGGUGUGAUCAAUGUGGAAAAUCCUUUGCACGGUCGGGGGCCUUAAAAGGCCAUCAACGUAUUCACACAGGAGAGAAACCAUACUGGUGCCAUCAAUGUGGCAAAGCCUUUGCACUGUCAGGGGCCUUAAAAGGCCACCAACGUAUUCACACAGGAGAGAAACCGUACAGGUGUGACCAAUGUGGCAAAGCCUUUACACAGAGAGGGACCUUAAAAAGCCACCAACGUAUUCACACAGGAGAGAAACCGUACAGCUGUGAUCAAUGUGGCAAAGCCUUUGCACGGUCAGGGGCCUUAAAAGGCCACCAACGCAUUCACACAGGAGAGAAGCCGUACUGGUGUGACCAAUGUGGAAGAUUAUUUUCCCAGUGCAGUCAAUUGAGAACCCACCAAUGCCGGCAUGCAGGAGAGAACCCGUACAGCUGUGAUUAGUGUGAGAAAGCUUUUAUUGAACGGUAUGACCUAAAAAUCCACCAACGUGUUCACACCAGAGAGAACCUGUCCUGAUGUGACUAAUGUUGGUAGUGACAUUAAAGCCCACAAAUGUGUUUACCCUGCAUUGUUUGGACAUUUUCAGGGCCAGGCAAACAUCUUCCUACUGCUUCCUCCCCACGUCUUGAUAGCUGUGUUGAUAUCUUACUUUUGUCAUUGAUUAUUUUUAUCUGUUUUUAUUUCAACUGUAACCCUAUGUUGGACCACCAGAUUCCUCCCUGUAGAACUCCCAUGUGUGAGAGCUGACCACAAACCUUUCAAAAUCAAUCAUGCAACUGUCCGGGGCAAUGUUGCGGCUCACAGUGUGCCCGACCCUGAAGCGUAUCUCUGCGACUGGUGAGCCCACAGGAUGCUGACUCCAUGAUGAUCUUUGGGACUGUGCCCCACCGAGCCCCAUGAGUCAAGCCCAUGUAGAUAUAUAUAGGCUGAUUGACCAAAUAAGCAUUUGAAAACUGAUAUUGAUGCCUCUUACCAUGGCUGUGAUCAAAGUAUUUGCAUCAGCCUGAGACCUCUAUCACAGACAGGCUCUGCAGUCUCAGACGCUGACUCAACAUGCUGAAUGAAAUGUUUAGUGACUUGACUGAUUUUUGGUCCCGUGUGCAGCUUCCCUCUCUAGCCUGCCUCCAGAAGGGGGCUCUGUUUCUGUUGUCAUGGCGAGGUGCUCCAGGUCUGAUCCAUCAGGGUCUGUUGACUCACUGUUAGUCUGGCCCCUCCCCUUGGACCACUUUGCCUCUCAAGACCCGACCAGGAGCAACGGCUGGGACACCACAGCUCCCAGUAUCACAGGGACAUGAAAACCCCUCCACAAUGUUCAGGUUUCCAGCUCAGACUGUUUGCUCCUGUUGAUGACAUCAGGACACCAAAGUCUUCUGAGCUCUGAGCAGCAUCAUCAACAACUUAAAUACCAGAUUAAUAUGAUGUAUGUUAUCAUGUGUCACAUAUUUGAUGUCUUAUCCAGUGUCUUGCAUGUGUUCUCUGUUUGUCCACAUGUAGAAGACAGCUGAGUUUUUCUUCCUGAGCUCCACCUGUAUAAAGACGGAGGCUGAGCAGGGUGGAGCUCUUCUUCUUUUUGACUCUUGUUGGAAGUACAGAGACAGAAGAUGAGUUGAAGCCUGUUUGUUUCUGUGUGGAGGAUUGUAAUGUCCAUAUCAUCAGAUGAGUUCAGCCUUUAAUAAAAAUAGUUUGUAGACUCUGCAGUGGGAUUAAAGUUCCUGGUGUUGGUCUUUGCUCCUGUCACAGUCUCACUACUAAAGCUCAGACGCUCCUCAGGAUCAGCUCCACAUUUUUACUCUCACUCUGUGAUGGUGAGUUGAGUUGGAGUUGUUAGUGAUGCUGCCUCAUUAAACCAGGCGAGGUCCUUGAACACAGUCUCCAUCAGACUCUGAUAAUCUGCAGCACAUCCACGCUGUAGUUUAUUCAGCCGUCAGCAGAAAGAAGAAAGAAGUGAUACGACCACGCUGGUUAUCUCCACUCAGUCUCAGGGUUCUGAAGCUUCAGGCUCUAACUUCAUGUUUCAGUGUGUAUGUAGAAAACUGAGUAACAACGUAGGAAAGGAUGACUCGCACACAGAACAAACACAGAUUUAGACUAAAGUCUGGAUUUUUAGAAAUCUCAGUUGCAGGGCUGCAUAGACUGUGAAGACGUGUAAAUGUUUCAGACCAAGUUGGACUUUAAAGAUUCUGCACUGAGGAAAGUCCAACUACAGCAGCAAACAGGAAGCUGCUGCUGACAUCGGGUGAAAGUGGGUCUGCAGACAACACAAUAGCAGCAGAGAAGCAAAGAGUACAUGCACUAGAUGUGUUCAGGACAACAGAAUGUUGUUUGCACAGACAGUUUGACUCUUGAAAUACAAAUCGGUAUGAUGAAGACUGGAGAAACUUUCCUUUUUUUGUAUCGAUCCUGUUGAUGCUAGGAUCAAUCUCCAAAAUUAAAAUGUAGUAUCGAGAGAGUCAGUAUUUUUGGGAUCAAUCCGCCCACUCCUACUGGCAACUGUUUUAAAUUAUGGAGAAAAAACGGCAAACUUGUUUCAGCCGUAACACGGUGAUCCGACAUGUCUGAUGUUUCUGCUGUGAUUAUUUUAUGUUCUUUGUUGCUCUCAUCUUUGAUAAACUGAAUCUACAGACACAGAAGUUGAACACUGGACUGUUGUGGACGGGGCCGCAGCAAAACAGAUUUUGGCCACCUGAAAAACUCUAUCAGUGUAAGUGUACGCUAUGUUUGUAUAUUUGCUCAGCUAUACCUCACACACUCACAAAAUGAGGCAGCAACUCUGUGCUCUCCUACAUAAAAUGAAUCUGGUGACUUUGAUUUAACAGCUUCAGAUAUCCAUCGGAAAAGACUGUCUGACUGCAAGGUAAAGAUUCAAGAUUGAAGAUAAACUUUAUUGUUGCACAAAGUAGGAAAUUUAUCUUGGGCUCCUCACACAUGCUGCAGCCAUAAAAAUACAAGAUAAACUAAGCACAAAAAGUAAAGCAGUAAAUUUUGGAAACCAUUGAAAAGCCUGUUUAUUUCCCUUUUAAAUGGUGCCACAUUUGUAAGGAACAUGCAUUUGUGGGAUGAGCAGCAGAGCUGAGUAUGUGGGUUGUGCCCAUGAAACAUUUGCCAAAUCUUCUCUGCCAAUGCCAAACAGUUUCCUUUUUUUUUUUGUGCUAUUGACACUUGUUUUGAGCUUCUGGUACCCCCAGGUGCUGACAAUCAGGUGCCAAAUCACCUAUGAGUAAGAAGCAUAGUUACAACAAAGAAAUAAUCUACCAAACACAAAGUCCCCCACUUUUUGUGCUUAGUUUUGAACACAUAAAGAGUGGUGAAAAUAUCCUAAAUAUAAUGUAUGCGUAAACUGAUAUUGUAUUUAUUUUGUAUGGGCCUUUUUAUGUGGCUAAAACAAACUCACUGAGGCAAAGUUUGCUCAGCGCUGGAUGAUUUUAAUGUUUGUAACGCGAGGAUUUUCUCCCUGCAAGUUCUUGUAAAUAAAAAUUGUG